UUCUUUAUUCAUUACUAUUAAAGCAAAAUCUGAAAUUGUCUGAUUUAACUGACAAAAUCAGUCAAUUGCAAAACAAUGGUAUUGUAACAUAGUGUAAGGUAUUUUGGCGGAUAUUUUGCAGAAAAUUAGUGAAACCUAAUCUAGAUAACCCAGAAUUAUCUCAGAAUUAGUGUUAGAGGUGCAAAUAGUCAUUAUACAGACUUAUAAGUGGAAACAAUGGAGAAUAGCCAUAAUGUGGUGGACCCCGAGGCGGAGCGCUGCGUAUGCGAGGGCGGGCCCACGCUCGCCGUGCUGAAGGACGUGCAGAGGGCCUACGAGGAAAAGAUGGAGCUUAUCAACAGGACUGGAGGCAGUCAAAAGUUGCAGAAGCAGGUGGAACUGCUUCAGUCAUGGGUCAGCGACCUGGUGAGCCAGAACACGCUGCUCACACGCACCGUCGAGGAGUUAGAGACAGAAGUCACAUCUCGUCUAUUACUUGAGCGACGCAGACACUCUGAGAGGGAUAUGGACAAAAAGGCGUGUGGGAAAGUAAAUGAGAUGAAGGUGCUAAACGAGUCACUCAAAAUGGAAAACGUUACUAAAGACAGAGAGAUAAAAAGAUUGAAUAAGGACAUGCAACAAUAUGAGCAGACCAUUUUAACGCUGAGAAAUGAAUUAUCCAAUAGCAUGUACCAUUCGCCGGAUGUGUCAAAGAAAGAUGCUGAAGUUAUGGUUGAUAUUUGCUGCUCAGGGACUCGAGAGCUUGAGAUGGUAACUUCUACGCCUAAUUUGAGUCACGAAAAGAUGACCUUGGAUGAAAGUAGGGAAUCCGUCGUGGAACAUCCACCUUCGCCACCUCUUCUAUUAACGGAUAGCUCUUUAAAUGAAAGUCACCAUGAAUUGUCACCUCGCUCUAUAUUACAACAUCAACCUAAAAGCGAACCAUCGGUCGUUGAUAGAGGAGUGAAAAAGAAACCACAAGCAGAUAAGAAAAGAAAAGAUAUCGGUAAAGAAGCAGAAAGUAAUGACAAUGGUCAUUCAACUCUGAUAUUAAUCGAAGCAAUGGAAUGUGAUUGUGAAGAUGAAAAUCUAGUUGACAAAGAAUCCCAAAAUGAAAGAAAAGAAGCUUCAAAAGAAAAUAUAGAUGGGAAAGAAAAGAGAUUUGCAAAAGCCGCAUCAAAAGCUAACAUAGAAGCAUCGACAGCUAAUGAAAGAGCUGAAAAUGGUGGUGCUCAGAAUGAUGGAAUAGAAUCCAAAAAUCGUCACGUCUCUCUUGCGCAGAUAACGGCUAAGCGGAGUGGAGAUAACACUGGCAAUUCAUUCAGGAAAAAAGGGAUAAGAAGAGAUACUACUGCUGAUAAGAAAACAAAGAAAACGAAGCAUUCAAAUGAAAGUGAAAGCUGUGAUACUAUGAAACUUAAUGAGAGUUUAGGAGCCCACAGCGUGGCCGACAGUAGUGCAAGCGAGGCUGCGCGGGCGCACUCUCUCGAGACCAAACUCCUAGCCACUAUGCAGAUACUGAAGAACAAAGAGGAAACGGUGCGGGUCCAGGCCGAGAGUCUGGCGCUGGCCGAGGCGCGCAUCGCCGCCCUCACCGCCAAAGCACACAAACACCAGGCGCAGCAAACCGCCUUGUUUACUACUCGGAGUUCGUCGGCCGGGUGUCAUAUCGAGAUGACUGAUGUGUCGUCCGCGGCCGACCUGCAGGUCAUGGACCACAAAAUCGUGAACACCCUGCGAGACAACCUGUCUGUGAUCGAAGAGCUGUAUCGGGAGUGUUUUUAUGAAUCAGCAAAACAAGAGGAGCUCAUAACAAUGCUACGAAGGUCGUAUCUGGACAUGCGUCUGAUGGAGCGACAGAAAUCCGAGCAGAUUGGUCGCUUACAGAACACUGUUCAUUCUCAGAGAUGUUCAUUGGAACGAUGUCAGGAUAUUGCAAUGGAAGUAGAGAAUUUAAAAUCGGAGAUAACUAACUUCUUGAACAGUUCGCAGAACAAUGACUCGGGUGUGUGGGAGCGCGAGGACUGUGUGGGGGACGUGGCGGAGGAUUUGCGCGUCAUCGCCCACCAGCUGCUGCGGUUACGAGACAUGCUCAAUACUGACUGCACGUGUGGAUUGGAAGAAGAAAAUAUGAAGCUCAAGAAAAUUAACGAAACGAUGGAGAUACAAAUAGGUGAGCUGCGUCAACGGAUCAAUGACCUAGAAGAAUCCUUGGACACUAAAAAUAAUAUGAAUCAACAGUACCAAGCAAGAAUUCAUGAGAAGGAACAAGAGCUGCAACACGUGCGAGCUGAGCUGGAAGCCAAUUCGCGAGAGCAGGACAACACGUGUGAUGCCCUCAACUGCAAAUUGAAACAAAUGGAAGCGGCCCUGAAGGACAAGUCAUCGGAGUUGCUGAGCGUGAAGCAGCAGUGCGCGGCGCAGGAGGCGGCCGUGAAGGCGCUGCGCGAGGAACUCAAUAGAGCUGAUGUGAUGGCGCAGGAGAGCGGGCAAGUGCGUGAGGAAGUGUCGUGCCUGUCCUCACAGGUGGCGCAGUGGCGCGAGCAGCUGUCGACCACGAGGCGUCGGCUGCGGGCCUUGGAGGCCGAACUGCAACGCGCCAGGGAACAUUGUCGACAUCUGGCCACACAUUACAGGGAAAAAGCUCAGUUAGCUGAGGAGCUUCAGAGUCAGCUGGAAGAGGCACAGAGUCGAGGCACGGAACUGUGCGGGGAGGCGAGGCGCGCGGUCUGCGGUGUGAGGCACUGGCUGCACAAGCAGAGGCAGAAAAACAGGGAACUAGAGGAAAAGAUAAAACAGCAAGAAAUAUUGAUACAAACAUUACAACGAGGCGCGAGCAAUCCCUCAGAACAUACCGACAUCAAUGAGAACGAACCGUGUUGUUCCAAACAUCUAACACGCGUUGAAGCGAGACGCAGCGAUCACAGUUUUGUGAGUGCGAGCGAGACGGGCUGCUCUAAAUGUGCGUCGAGAAAAACAAUUAUUCUAAGGACGAGUGAGAGCGAGAUAGCCAGCAGUCCCGCCCCUCCCACUCCACCGAGACGGUUGUUGAGAAAGAAACCUUUCUGUGGAGAUAUCCGUUGCCAGUGGCCGAGCACGCGCGAAUCGUCUGCGCAGCGUCCCGCACGCAGCGACGCGAGCGUCAGCGUGCGACUCUCCAGCGACCGCCUGUCUUCCUACACGGCUACGCCUACCGGAGAAAUGUCACAAACGGACGAGCUUCUGGAACGAGUGGAGAGAGCACACGAAGCUCUCGCGGAAGCGCACCAACGAUGGUCGCGAGGCGCGGCCGGCAGGGACGUCGAUAGAUAGACAAGACACAGUAGCCAUAGAUAUAGUCAAUACCUGUCUUAUUGCUUCCACAACAGCUGCUUUAAAUAGAACAUUCAAAAGUGGUGUGACUCAUCGGGAAAAUAAAAUUCCUCUUGUGUCAUAUUGUGACUCAAGAGGAUUUUUUCUUGAGUCA